AUGGACCAAACUGAGCACAAGCCUGCCGACGAGGAAGUUACGCGCCUGCGAUGGCAGGGUGACGACGAAGAGUUGGGCAAUCAGACAAGGGCCACUCGUCCUGAGCUGAUCCGCACUGCUUCGGCUGCUUCCAGCUCGCAUGUCUCUGUCCACAGUCGUCAUAGGAGAACGAUUGUCGACCCUUCAGUGUCGUUGCCAAUCCACUAUCGAACCAUGUACCUAUAA